CAGAGACGGGAUUACUUAAAGAGCGGCGUCGACCGUGGAGGCAGCCAGAAGCGCACCGACCAUGGCAUUGACCGCACUCGUCCUCCUGCUCUCGGCGACCGUCGUGGCGUCCGCCCACACUUGUCCCGCGGACACCCUCGCCGUCUACAGGGUCGUCCUCGACACGCACUGGACCAAGGAACUCUUUCCCAAGCAGUACCCUGAGUUCCGACCUCCGGCGCAGUGGUCCAGACUUCUUGGUCGAAGCCACGAUGACUCGUUCGAACUGUUCUCCGAGGGUCGGAUGGCGAGCAAGGCGAUGCGCCAUUUCGCAGAACUCGGUAAAACGGAUCUUUUCGACGCCCAGCGCCAGGGCUUCGACGGCAUCAUGGACACUUUUGGCGCCGACGCCAUCCCCAGAGGCGAGGGACAGACCACGGCCAAGUUCUAUUUGGACAGCAACCACUCUCUGGUGUCUCUAGUCGUGCACAUGGUUCCCUCUCCUGACUGGUUCAUCGGCGUCAACUCCAUCAAUCUGUGCAACGCGCACAACAAGUGGGAGGAACGAAAGCAGCUAAAGCUCACGUUGAUGGACGCAGGUUCAGAUUCAGGGUUCACGUUCACCUCGCCGAAUUGGGAGAGCGAUCCGCCAGCGCCUAUUUCGAUCAUCACAUCCAAGUACCCUGACCACCCUGCCAGCUCUUUCUUCUACCCUGAGCUCGAUCAUCUCCCUGCAAUCGCUACCCUGCAGUUUAUUAAGAUCAAAGAGUACAAUCUGAAGGAGCAAUUCAGUUUCAACUUCGCGUCCGUGGUCGACAGACAGGAGGACGCGAUCAGCAACAAAGUGAGCGACCAGCUGCCGCCGGCGCUAGUUCUGUCCAGCGGCAUCAACGCGCAGCACGUGCUGUCCAUCGGCUCGGACGGUCCGGUCAGCGUCACGCACACGGGCCGUCGCAGGAUUUCCAGAAACCAACUGCGUGCCCUGCGGAUGCGGAAACUGAAGAACAAGAGGAAGAGCAAGCAGGGGAAACUGGGUAAAGGCGAGCCCCGAAUUAUCGUACGACCGCCCAGACGAAACACGGAGAUUUGCACGCUGUCCGAGUGGUCUAAUUGGUCCCCGUGCAACGCGACCUGCGGCACGGGCUCGUCGGUGCGAAGGCGGAGCUUGGUGAAGAAAGGCAGAACGUGCGUCGGGCCGCUGGAGGAGAGCAGCUGGUGCAGCGGAUACUCGGACUGCGCAGAGAAGUACUUCAAAUGGUGACCUGAACGCCCGCAACUCACCCCCCGACACGACUGACGCAAACGACUGAUGUUUUAAUCAGCUUUGUUGCUUUUCAUCAAAGACCUUUCCACGAUUAUUUUUGUUCUUGACAUUUAGAAAUAAGGAUUUAGAUUGAAUAUACCGUUUGUAACAUAUUAUAUAAAUAAAAAUAAACCUAGUAUCGAAA